CAUGGUUUAGGGGUGGCCGCAUGCCGGCCAGGUGGUGGAGGGGGUGCAUACUAAUAGGAAAAAGCGAGAAAUCCCAAGGGGAAGAAGGGCUGUGGAAGAGGAAAGAACGACAUCAUUAGACCACUUGUCGCCCAGAGGGCUGAUGGGAGUUUAGUUCCUCUUAGCGUGCACGCAUGCAUCGCCACUACUAGAGUUACAUGAACAUGUAGACACCAGACGCUUGACUAACGUUAACCAAUCGGCGAUUGCACUGGAUGUGCAAACUAAGGCUUAUACUGAGGGAUCGGUCCAGGUGCAUUGUAUGCUGGACAGAAUGCGCCCAGUGGGUGCUGGCCAAGGCGAUGGGAAUCAGGAAGAACUGACGUUUCACGGGCAGGCAAGCAUUGGAGCAGCACGGGACGAGCAUGCAGGCGAGGUAUAGUGAUUGCCGUGUACAGCAGCACGAGCAACAGAUACUCGCGAUUCAGCUCCGUUUCCGCGUCCCCGAUCUGGCGAAGGACCACGUCGGGAGGCCUGGGCGCGUCACGGUCUUCGCGCAAACGCCUGGCCCCGUGGUGGUACUCUCCCGGCAGCAGCCGCAGCAGGCCGACCACCUCGAGGACGACCAGGCCGCGCCGCUGCCAGCGGGAGGCGAGUGGAUCUGCGAGCUGUGCAUGCGGAAGUUCGGUUCCGAGGCGUUGCUGCGGCGGCACGAGCAGAUCUCCGACCUCCACAGGCAGAACCUUGCCGCCCGAGGCCUGUAGCCAGGAGCCUGGGCAGCCUCCCAGCGGGGGCAUCGCGAGGGCGGAUGCUGAGCCGUCGGGCGGGGGUGAGAAGGAGGAGGGUGGGG